CGGAUGUCCACGAGCCACUUCUGCCAUGAGGAAAGCCAGACUCUCCGGAGUGGAAAUGCUCACAAUAAAACAGCCACGUGCCAGCAACGGACUCGAGCACGAAGAGGAGCUCAAGCAGCUGGAUGAAGAAAUCAAAGAUUUAAGUGAAUCAAAUUCACAAGUGGAAGCAGAUAUGAUCAAGCUUAGAACACAGAUUACAACAAUGGAGUCCAACCUGAAGUCCAUAGAGGAGGAAAACAAGGUGAUUGAACAGCAAAAUGAAUCUCUCCUGCAUGAGCUGGCCAACCUCAGCCAGUCACUGAUUAACAGUUUAGCUAAUGUCCAGCUCCCUCAUAUGAAACCUCUGGCACACAAAGAGGUUCCGCUUAGAAAUAACAGCUGCUUACAGAUGCACCAGCAAGAGUCGAUAAGUGAGCAGAACUUUGAUGCCUACGUAACCACUCUAACAGACAUCUACACAAACCAAGACCAGUACCAGAGCGCCGAAAACAAAACUCUGCUGGACAAUAUCAAGCAAGCUGUUCAAGGAAUCCAGGUGUAACGGCUCCGCAGCAGGAGAGCUCCUCGCCGGCACACGUCCAAACCCACAGGCAGGAAGGAAGGCGCUCAUGGUUUGGUGCAGUAACUUAUAUAGUGUUAUAUAUUCUUCUUUAGCGGGAGGGGGGGGGGUAUUAUGCUUAGAGAGAUUUCAAGAUAAUUUCUUCCUUUUUCUUUUCGGGUCUUGCUUUGAAGAAGAACAUAAAAGAAUAAAACCACAAAAUAGUUUUUGAGGACAUUCACAUUUUGUACGUUUUCAUAUGAGCUGACAUAGUGUCAUGUAACGUUUCUAGCUGCUCAUGUAUGCACAUUUUUAGUGUAUAUUUCUGAACAGUAAGCUAAUGAUAACGGAGCAGGUGUUCCCAACACACAUUCUUUUUAUCGCUUGACAACGAAGCAUUUUAGAUGAGAAACUGGACAGUGAAAGAAAAACUAAAACCACACA